AUUUCCCAAUGGGACCAGACUGUAAAUUAUAUCCUUAUAAACGGCGCGUUCUGACGCCAGAACGCGCCGUUUAUAAACUUAAAGGGACAGCACUCGCAGCUGCUGCCAUCGCCUCUACCCGACCUUCCCACCACUAUAGCUUUCGGCUCUGCAUUUGCUUACCUCCCACAACGCGCUCCACCCCCUCCCUUCGGCUUCUCUUUCCUUCAUAGCAGAUCUCACUCCAGUAAAAAAUCUGCAGCUGCCUCACUAACGUUUCUCUUCUCCAUUUUCACUCCCCCUCGCAUCAACUAUCUGAAGUCUCGCUCCCCCUCCCUCACCCUUCCAAAGUCUCGCUCCACCUCCCGUCCACUCUCUGAAGACUCGCUCCGCCUCCUUCCCUUGCCUUCACCCGUCUGUGAUGCAGUGAAAGAAAAUGUCACACAGUGCGGGAGCUAGCCUUCAGAGUGGAUGGUAGGCGGAGCGAGACUUAGAUAAUGUAAAGGGAGGGUGAGAGAGACUCCAGGUAGUGUAUACAAAGGGGAGGAGACUUUGGUAAUGCAGAGGGGGGGGGCGCAAAAAAUGGAGAGGAAUCCUGUGAAGAAAAAAAGGAAAGAACUACAUCCCAGCUGCAACACACAUGUGACAUGACCAUAGCAAGAAGAAAUAAAGAGAGCCAAGAGUAAAUCUGCCAAAAGAGGCUUGGAGUGAAGCUUGGAGGCAGUGCAGGUUGGGUUUGGCUGGUGAGAGGGUCUGGCACUUCAGCUGGGGAUGGAUAAUACACUGAAGCCCCAGGGUACCGCUACUUUGUCUGUAGAUGCCAGACAGGACCUGACAGAACUUGAAAACUCCAUGGUGAAUAUUAUUGAGAUCUUCCAUUCUUAUUCAGGGAAAAACUGCAAGCUGAAAAAGGGGGAUCUGAAAGAACUUAUCAACAGUCAACUGUCUACAUUCGUUAAGAUCCAAGAUUCCCAGACACUGGAUGUCAUCUUCACAGACCUGGAUGAGAACCAUGACCAGGAGAUAGACUUCAGUGAAUAUGCUGCACUCAUUGCUAUGGUCACAUCUGCCUGCCAUAAGUCAUUCCAUGAAGACUGAAGAACAGUAGCCACAUAUACAAAAUGCACAGCUUGGGUUCAUCUGAAAUAUACCAUGAAGGCCCAAUUCAAUUAUAAUAUGUUAUUAAAUAUUAUUCCAGAAUCUAAAUUGAAGGUUGUUAGACUUGUCCUUUGACACUGAGACAAGUAAGCGUAUUGGAACCAGAUUCUGGUGAGUAGAAAUCGCAGAUUGGGGAAUGGCACCGGCACCUGUUUGGAUGACUAAGAAACAUUGUUGGUAGUUAUGUUCUCUUUAAAUUGAGACAGAAACUCAUGUUGUGCUUUCUGUACCUUAUGGUACAAACAGAAAAUGUUGGACGAUAUGGACAUACUUUUAAGCAAAUUAGGGGGAAAGUGUAAAAGUAAAUAAAAGCUAUAUUACACCUUAA